CCGAUACUCUCAAUGUUUUUCUUUCCUUGCAACACGAACGUGCUCGCACACACACAAACACACACAAACACACACACACUAUCCACCUUUUGAACUUGAACUCUGUGACGUCACCUCUUGAGUUUCACUCCCUGUAUUCAAUUUGUUUCCAAGAUGAUUUGGUGAAGGAUUAAACUGCGCAGUUUGGACGCAUUAUUGAUGCGAAUGAGAAACUUAAUGGUAUUACAACAUUCCUGCGGGGAUUUCAGAGGUGUAUAAUCUUCAACAACAUCAUCAUAUAAGUUGAAGUUUCAGUGCUGCAGUCUCACAUGCACACAGAGUGAUAAAUAUAUCGUUUAGAAAUGUCUUCGUACUCGUUACCGGAGGGAUUCAGUGAGUUUGAUAUGUUCGCUUUCGGCUCCGCGCUGCUGGUCGGAGGUCUUCUUGGCUUCUUCUUGAACUUGAUUUCAGUCGUGGCGUUCCUGAGGGUCCGAGAGAUGAGAACACCCAGUAACUUCUUCAUCUUCAAUCUGGCUUUGGCUGAUAUGAGUCUCAACAUUAAUGGUCUGGUGGCCGCUUACGCCAGUUAUCUGAGAUACUGGCCGUUUGGAUCGGAGGGAUGUCAGAUGCACGGCUUUCAGGGGAUGAUCUCAAUUCUAGCUGCUAUCAGUUUUCUCGGUGCUGUUGCCUGGGACAGAUACCACCAGUACUGUACGAAGCAGAAGAUGUUCUGGAGCACAUCCGUGACCAUCAGCACCAUCAUCUGGAUCCUGGCCGUGUUCUGGGCUGCUCUACCGCUGCCUAUGAUUGGCUGGGGAGUGUUUGACUUUGAGCCAAUGAGAACAUGCUGUACACUGGACUACACUAAAGGAGACAGGAGUUUCAUCACCUACAUGCUGACCAUCACUGUGCUCUAUUUAGCUUUUCCUGUUCUCAUUCUGCAAUCUUCCUACAGUGCCAUCUAUGCACAUUUCAAAAAGAUUCAUCACUUUAAGUUUAAUACAGGUGUACCUCUGAAGGUGCUUCUGUUGUGCUGGGGUCCUUAUGUCCUGAUGUGCAUGUACGCCUGCUUUGAGAAUGUGACUCUCAUUUCGCCAAAGCUCAGAAUGGUGCUUCCGGUCCUGGCAAAAACGGCUCCGAUCUUUCACGCCGUGCUGUACUCAUACGGUAAUGAGUUCUACAGAGGAGGAAUUUGGCAGUUUCUCACAGGGCAGAAAUCUGCAGACAAGAAGAAAUAAAAAGGUUUCAGCAGUUUAUUUUGACACAUUAAACCACAUGAUGUAUUCAGAUCAAACGUUUACACACUGUUACUGUAACUACAGUGCCUUUUGUGACUCCAUAUGUCCCGUUUUAUUGACGACUGUGACGUUUACAUUUGAAGGGUAAUGUGACCGAUGAGAGAAAUUGUACAAAUAAAGGCAAGACUUUCAAGACA